AUGGACAGUCAGGAGGAUUAUGAAGAAUGCCCAACUCGGUCAGAUAUGAUGUCCAUUUCUUCUAACCCGCUAGUCAAUUUUGAUUCCAACAAUUUCGACACACUAUUUUCGUAUAUUCCAUCCGAAGUUUUCAGUAGCAGCUCCAGUAAACGUUGUGGCACUACUAAUGCUCAACUUAUUUUUCCAAGUUUCACUGCAUUGGUGGAUGUAAUUGAACCCGUUUUGGUUGACAAAGCGGUAACUCCAAUUCAAUCAAGCUCAACUGCACUGAAAGGACAUUCGCUUCAGAGGCAAGACGUUGAGUGUAUGCCCUACCGCCACAUUCCGUCUCUCAAAUCCGAUAUUCCUGUUACUAAUUCUGCUCUCUCAAGUCAAGUGUGCGCCGCACGCAUCCUGCUUUGUGCACCAUGGCCUUGGAUAUUGCUAGUAUCGCAGCUGGUUCAGCAGCGCCUUCUUCUCCAGACACAUCACUUGCCAGUUUUGAACUGCUCCGAAUUAUUGGACGAUGUACGCUUUUCGUGA